AAAAUAAACUCGAAACUCAAAAAAACUGGUUGUGCUUUCAGCAGCGGAGCUGCACAAAGGAGAUCCAAAAGAGUUGCGAAUAUUUUUGCACAAAUUUCAAACUCGUACGCGUCGUCGCCCAGUGGGUCGGUUCGCGAGAUCCGGAACAAUCGCGGAGUUCCGCUAGCGUCGCGUCCACCACCAACUCGCAGCUGGUUUCUUGGACGGGCUAUCGAUUUUUCGUGUGUGUGUGUUUGUGUUUCUGUUUGUGUGCCCGUGGUGUUGGAAUCCGUGGGGGCCACUUGGCUGGGCACGGGUGCACAAGGAAAACAUCUGGCGAAGACAGGACACGGUUAAUGACACGGCAGGUGUUGUGAAGAGGGAAAAAGUCCGAAAUCGAUUGGGAGUUCAGGUGGAGGAAGGAAGGCCCACAACUGCCGAGGUCACCGGAGCGGGGCUUCGCACCUGGAAGGAUUCGAAAAACUUCUGACCGCGUUUGCAUUUUCGAUCGAAAGCAAAACAGAAACUAAAUAAAUAAAACAAAAACCAGGCAAGGCCUUAUCUGUUCGUGACGAUCGUCCGUCCAUCACACACAACUGGACACUGCUGCUGCUGCCGCUGUGCAUGUGCUUGUGGUGAAUGAGUGCCGCGGACGUUCUCCCUCCCAAGAGAGUUCUGGACAUGAGGCCGUAGAAGCUGCCGCGCGCGGCCGUCAUUCGUCAUUCUUGCCUCGCCGGAGCAGCACCACCAACUGGAGCAGCGCCAACCAAAUCGUGGGAAUCGAAGCCGACGCUGAUAAGAACCGUUGAUUUGUUGUGACUGACCGCGGUGGUCGUCAUCGCCGUGCCGUGAUUCCAAUGUGCCGUGCCGGAUUGGCGAAGCAAACUGUUGUGACGCACACGACGACGGGCGGUACGAUUCUGUGGAAAAGUUUGAAUUAUUGACCACCUCUCGAGUGAAGUGCAGAGAGUGUUGGGUUUGCGGCCAAGUGAUUGGGCUGCCAAGAAGGCAGCGAAAUGGGGGGAUCCGUGAGUCAGGUGUUCCGGUCGGGAAGUGCGCUGCUGUCGAACCGGGACGGCCACAAGGUGUCGGAGACGACCGUGGACAAAGUGAACACGAUAUUCGAUGCGCUCCGGGCUAAUCCGAAGAUUUCGAUACAGAGGCUGGAGCCGCUGCUGUUGCAGAUUCCGAAGUACGAGAACAUCCUGGCGAUCCACGACGAAACCGGGUACAACCUGCUGCAGAAGAGCGUCGGCCUGAACCACAUCGAGCUGGCCCGGUGGCUGCUGCAGCGCCACCGGCCGGACGUCAACCGGAGUUCCUGCUCGCUGCCGCUGCACAUUGCCUGCCUCAAGGGAUAUGAGGAAUGUGUGGAGCUGCUGCUCAAACAUGGUGCCAGAAUCGAUACCGAAGCGAGGAUGUGCUUCCCCGGUGCUCACUCCCACAACUGCGAGGAGAGUGGAAAGUAUAAAAAUCAAGGCGACGACGUGGGCGUCUGCGAGCGGUCCAACACGAAGCUGCAGAACGCGGUCUGCUACGCCAUCGACGGCGACCAGAUCAACGUCCUCAACAUCCUGGCCCAGAAGAUGGAGGAACCGUGGAUGCCGUUCCGGGUGCGGAAACCGCUGCUGCACAUCGCGUGCGAGCGGGGCGCCUGGAAGUGCGUCCAGCAUCUGGUGCAAACGCGCUCGGACGAGAUCAACCUCAUCAAGGACGAGUACUACCCCAUCCACCAGGCCGUCCUGCACGACGGACGCUUCCUGGAGCUGCUCAUCCAGCACGGUGCCAUUACGACGGUGCGGACGUGCACCCAGCAGAUGACGCUGCUGCAUGUUGUUAUCCUGGGGGCGCGCAAAACCGCCGAGGACACGCUCAACACCAUCCGGAUACUGCUCGAGCGGGGCUGCAAGGAGCUGAUCAACACGCCGGACUCGAUCGGCAACACGCCGCUGCAUGCGAUCAUCAUGCGGUACGCGCUGGAAGAGGCUAGGUACGGCUACGACAAGUGGAAUAAGUGGGACGUGCUGCAUCUGGUGCGCUUCCUGCUGCAGAACGGUGCUAAAAGCUCGAUCAACCAGGCCGGGAACAGUGCGCUGGCGAGCGUCUUUCGCCACAUCCGCGACUGGGAGGUGUGCUACGAGCUGCUGAACAUGCUCAUCAAGGAAGGAGGUGAUCCUAACAUUGUGGGAAGGGACGGGUCCGUUCCGAUCAUGGUCUGUCUAGUGCCACUGAUCAACAAGGAUCCGCUGCAUCAUUUUACGCACUCGAUGAAGGUGUGCUACCUGAACUGCAUACGGAUACUGCUGCAAAACGGUGCCAACCCGAACUGCUCGUACCGGGCGAACCUGACGCCGCUGCACGUGCUCAUCUUUACCGUGUCGGAGAACUUUACGCUGAACUGUGAUACCCAGAAGCGAGCCAACUUUGACUUUAUCAAAAACAUCCUGAUUCUGCUGCUGCAGUACGGGCUGGACUGCAACAUUACGUCGCAGCACAUCCUGCAGUCGGUGAUCGACAUGAUCGUCAACGUGCGCACGUGUCCGGAUAUUCUGUGCGUGUACGAGCUGCUGCUGGUGCUGAUCCAGUACGGGACGGAUCCGAACAUUACGUUGAGCAACAAGCUGAUGACGAACGGCAGCAGCAGCUCGUCGAUCAACUACGUGAACGAUUUCAUCAACUUGGGUGGGAUGAGGGCGGUCGCGGGGGGUAGCGACAUCGGGGCCGGUCCCAGUGGAAGUCAGGUGGCAGGACCAUCGUCCGCGGCGAACGGUGCCGGAUCGGCGGGAGUCGCCAAUGGCAGCGACAACCUGCGCAGUUCGUUCCGCAACAACGCACGCAACUACCUGCUGUUUUACUACAUCAUGCUGAUCACCCGGAAGGAGUUCAUCCUGCUGGACCGGGAGCAGACCUAUCAACGUAUUAUCCACCUAUUUUACUACUCGAUGCGGCACGACACGCUUUUCAACUGCCUCAAGUCGCUGCACAACCUGUUUAUCGCGCAGGUCCCGAACAAAUCCAUCGACAACCUGAGGCACCUAAUCAUUACGCUGUACAAGAAACCCCGCAGUCUGAAGCAGCUGUGCCGGGUGUGUAUAUACAACAGCCUGAACAAGAAGCUGGCCCCGAGCAUAAACCGGCUCAACCUGCCACUUCCGCUGAAGGAGUACGUACUGAACUUUGAAGGGUAGAGAACACCCCACCAACCCUUUCCCAGCUGGCUGUUUUACCCUAUCUCACUCUCUAUGAACAUAAAUGUCCACGUUUUUCAGUGUUAGAUAUCGUGUAAAUAAAGUUUAACAAAUCGACGAA